UCGAAUGUUCGGGCACACCUCCUGCCCCACCGACACUGUCCGGGCUCUGCGGCCGAGCUCGCGGUCACGGGCUGCUGACAUGUCCAGCCCCCGGAGAAGCGUGGACGGCCGCCCAGCGAGCGCGGGGGCGGGGGCGGGGACGGGCACGGGGGGCGGUGGCAGCCUCCCGGGCAGCCCCGCUCACGGGAGCCACGGCGGCGGCGGCAGGUUUGAGUUCCAGUCCCUGCUGAACAGCCGCGGCCCCGGCGCCGAGCCGAGCGCGGCGCGGCUCCGGGCCUCCGAGAGCCCGGUGCACCGGCGCGGCUCUUUCCCCUUGGCCGCGGCGGCCGCGCCGUCCCCGCCCCCGCCCCCUCUGCCCGAGGAGGACUGCAUGAAGCUGAACCCUUCCUUCGUGGACAUCGCCCUCCGCUCCUUGCUGGCCAUUGACUUGUGGAUGUCCAAGAGGCUGGGCGUGUGCGCCGGGGAGAAGUCGUCCUGGGGCAGCGCCAGGCCCCUCAUGAAGCUGCUGGAGAUCUCGGGCCACGGCAUCCUGUGGCUGGCCGGCACCGCAUACUGCCUGUACCGAAGUGACAGCUGGGCCGGCCGAGAGGUGCUGGUCAACCUGCUUUUCGCUCUGCUCCUGGACUUGGGCUUGGUGGCGCUGCUCAAAGGGCUCGUCAGGCGGCGAAGACCCUCGCACAACCAGAUGGACAUGUUUUUCACGUUCUCGGUGGACAAGUAUUCCUUCCCCUCCGGCCACGCCACCAGGGCCGCCCUGGUGUCUCGGUUCAUCUUGCACCACUUGGUGCUGGCCAUUCCUCUGAGAGUGUUGAUAGUGCUGUGGGCCUUCAUCUUGGGCCUCUCCAGGGUCAUGCUGGGAAGGCACAAUGUCACAGACGUAGCUUUUGGAUUUGUCUUUGGUUACAUACAGUACAGUAUAGUGGAUUAUUUUUGGCUGUCUCCCUUCAAUGCCCCUGCUGUUUUUGCUCUGUGGAAUCCCCAGUAAAUAAUUUGAUUGUAUAUGGGACCAGAAGACAUGAAGGCUUCCGGGAUAAAAAGGACCAAAGAUACACCAGCACUCAUCUUGCUUAGCUCUUGUGGACAUUUUGAACUUCCUUUGGAAUUUGUCUAAAUGGAAAGAUGUAACCCCUGCCACCUUGAUAAUUGCUAGAUUCGAGCAUGUGCCAGCCGUAAGGUGAACACAGUCAUAUUAGGUAAAUAAAUAUUUAUAUAGGGAGAAUUAGACAUAUAUAGAUCUUCAUUAACAACUCUGUCAGCAAGACAGUAGCAAAGGAACCAAGCAGUUUGUCUUACUGUAAGCUACUAAUUUCUUUUUAAAGUUUACAUCAGUGGAUAAUAAAAUUCCAGGUAUCACCCAUACAUGGGGGAAAAGAAGUGUUAACUAGAUUCAUAUUUUGCAUUAUUAACAUGCAUUAAGGUGAACAACUCAGUAGUUUGCUGUUUUGUCCCAUAGUAGAUUUCAAACACUAUUUUAAAAAUAUAAAACAUAAAUUCUACUGCUUUUAUCUCAGAAAGUCUGGUGCUACAGAUAUGUAGAUUUUUUAAAUUUUAAUUUAUUCACUUUUAAGAACCUACACAUGUUUUGGGGGCAGAUUGGGGGGCACAUUUCCAUCUUUGCUGAAGCAGCAAAUUAGGACAUAGAGAAGAGAUAACUCUAUUCUUCCCCAUCCAGUUAAAAAAAAGGAUAAAUAUAAUUUUUUCCAUUCCUAUCUAGUAUUACCUGUUAGCAUGUGAAAGUCCAAUGGCUGAGAGAAACUCCAGAAAUAGAAUAUACAUUAAUACUUAAAGAACCUGCUAUUUCAUCUGGGUGAAUGUACCUUUCACCAAAUGCAGACUGCAAGUCCUCCAUGCCUUACUAGUGGUUUCAUGACUUGCUGUGGAUGAAAAAAAAUCAUCACCUGGUAGCUAGUCCUGUGAUUAUAAACUUCUCCAAUUUAGCCGGGAUGGUCCUUGGACCAAAAAUGUCACCAAGCCUGUAUGUGAAGCCUUUCCAGCUUGGUGGGAUCUGUAUUUGCAGAGCUUGCAUUUCUUUUACUUAGCCUUCAAGAACUCAAGGUUCCCUCCACACCUUGGUGAGGUGCUGGAAAACACUUAAGUGGAGCAUACAAUAUAAACAAAAAAAAAGGUGGGGGGGAGGAGCCUGAGAGUGUCCAUUAGAAAGGCGUGAACAAAAAAAAAGUCGUGGGAGUAGGGUUGUCUUUCUGUUAGUUCUGUGGCAAUUUUGCUGGGUAUUUAUGGGUAGCUGUUGAGUAGGUCAGAUUCCUCAAUUCUGUGAUAGAAGAUAGUAAAAAUAAAUCUCUUUGGUGGGCAGCUAGGUGGCGCAGUGGAUAAAGCACCAGCCCUGGAUUCAGGAGUACCUGAGUUCAAAUCUGGCCUCAGACACUUGACACUUACUAGCUGUGUGACCCUGGGCAAGUCAUUUAACCCCCAUUGCCCCACCCCCACCCCCCAAAAAAAUCUCUUUGAAAAUAGUUCUUUAAAAGCCACUUGUUGGGAAAGGUCAAUUAAAAAGUCGCCCACCUAUGAGGGAACAUUUUAUCUGUUGGAGGGCAAUUGAAUUAAGCCAUAUAUUACAUGGACCACUGGUAAAAGGUAUGUUGCCCAUGACUAAUAAUCAGUAAAGGAUAAAACUGCUGAAGGAGUGAGGAGAGUCCAGGACCAAUCUUUUAAAAGUAACAAUGCAAGUUUUCCCAUGUACAACAAAAAAAACGUGUAUUUUGUAAUUUCUUAUGUUGUAUUUGGGUGAUGUUUUUUGCCUAUAAUGAUUGUAAGGGUAAUGGAAGUUAAAACAAUCAGAUUCUCAAAUAUCAACAUUCAUCACUGUGAGCUCGCUGUUGUACCAGACACAAUAUAUUAUUACUGAAUUUCUUUCAUGUUGACUUGUUUCAUUUAGAGAAUUUCAUCCAGGGUGCCUCCACAAAUCAUAUUGCCAAAGACCACUUAAUCCAGAAUGCUUAUCAUUCCUCAGCCAGGAAAAAAAAGAAAGGAGGGCUGAUUAAAUUAUUUAAAUGAUACUACCCUUAAGUUAGACAAGGAGUCAAACAUUAUAAAAUUUGGUAUUAGAAUGUUAUCAGUAUUUGUAAAUAGAAAAUAUUGUAACCAACAGUAAUCCUUUUGCAGAUGUGGUAUUGAGUAUCUGUAAUCAGCUAUACAGCAAAUAUUCUAGCGGGGUAGAAGAGUAAAAUUCUUAAUGGUAGGUGGCACUUAGAAGUUGGAACUACUCCUUGGGGAUAAAUGGAAUCAUUUUCAUUUCACUUUAACCCAACACUGACAACCUCUUCAUUUCCCCGAAUCAACAGAGUGAACUUCCCCCAUCUGUGACGUUUUAAAUUAUUUUGUUCCUUUUUACUUCUAAAGAUUUCCUUUCAUUACAGCAAUGGUAUGCCAGAUGUUUAAAGUUAUGAGACUCCUGUUCUUAGUCCCCAAAUUAACUCCUAGGGGCAUUAAGACAGGGAAAUUUUGUUGAAUGUUUAUACCCCUGAGAUUCACUUAAUUAAAUGGCAUCUAAGUUUACUGAUUCUUAGAGUACAGGCCUAUUCUCCUCCUGAUUGGGAUUUGGUGCAGAACAAUGCAAAUGUAAUAAGUAGUACUUUAGAAUGUACCAUAAAUGUCUUUUUUUUUUGUAAAGGAUUUCAAUUUCAGAAUCACAAUAAAACCUAAU